UGUAUUUAUCUCAGAUUUUCAGAUUCCGUUUCGAUUUGUUUGCGUGGUGAUGGAUGAUAGCGAUAAGAGAAGUCAGGAUAUGGAGAGGUUUCACCUUUUUGACGUUUCAACAGAGGAUGAUUGCCUGUUGGCUUCUCCUUCAGGCAGGACAUUGAAUCUUAGAACUUCCAGGUUCACAGAAAAUCAAAAAGAGAUUGAUAGCUUUGGGUUGAAUGAUGCUAGAAAUGCCCAGGAUGGGGACAACACAGCUGAUUUGAUUAGGCAAAAGGAACAGAUACCUGCAUUAUCCGAAUCCACAGAACCUGAAAGAACAAGAACAGUUAGCAACUGUAAUUUGCGCAAAAGUUUAGCCUGGGAUAGUGCUUUCUUCACAAGUGCCGGUGUUCUUGAUCCUGAAGAGUUGUCUUUCAUAAAUAAUGGAUUCAGUAAAGCAGAAGCACCCCUAUUACCUGUAAUUCUAGAAGAUGUACGGAGAUCUGCUGAGUCCAACUCUACAUUUGAUAGUGAUUUGACGUUGGAAAGCAUUGAGAUUGAUUUGUUUGAAGAUAUAAGAGCUUCAAUGCAAAAGUUCAGUACUUCUUCCAUUGUUUCAUCUUCUAGAAGCAACACUGGACCAGUAGAACGAGGAACCCAAAGUCUUCGCUCUUCCAAGAGGAUUGAACUUCCUUCUCGAAGUAUGCCGAAGCCUGUAGCUGCUUCCAAGAGGCAAAGCAUUGGCAUGCAAAACUUGGAGAAAACUGCAAAGAAGGAUUCUCAACGUUCACAUAUUGUACAGCUUGCUUCUAGAAGUGGGGAGCGAAAUUCAUCUCUCAAGCCACCCAAGAUACUAGGCAGGGCUGUCCCCCUCUCAGCUGCUCCAACGAAAAGGACUUCUUUGGGUGCCAGCCGUAUCAAAGUGGAACAUAACACCACAAAAGCUGUGUCUGGUAAGGGAGAUCCUGUUGUGCGGUCCAAGAAACCUGGUUUGGGUGAUUCUGGCAGUUUGACCCCUAGAUCUUCACCUUCCUCAAAAUCUUCCUCUUCAGGUUCAUCUCCUUCUUUGUCCUCAGUCAACAGAUCUGGAAGCACUUCAUCUGACUGUAGGGGUAAAUCUCCUGCAUUCUGCUCGAGAAACAAAACCAGUUCCAAAAAUGUUAUUCCAGCUUCCUCUGGUUCAACCCGUGUGGACCCAGUGAGAACCUCGUCAAGAACUAAAAUUGAUUCUGGCAACUCUCACCUCUCUGCGUACCUAGUAUCUAUGUCCAAGCAUUAUUCAACCCUAUCAUCAGCUAGCUCUAUUGAUGGUUGGUCUUCAGAAUCAUCUUCAUCUACCUCUACUGUCAACCAGAGGUCUAAUAAUUCGAAAACUAGUAGUUCACCUCGCAGUGGGUUCUCCAUAGACAAUGAUGCCCCUCAAGCAUUGGAUCUGCAGACACAUCCACAUGGUCAGGCCAGUUUUAGAUAUGGAAGCAAUGGAACAGCGUUGCUGACCAAAUGUGACAGGAAAUCUUCUGUUGGCACUGGUGCCCUUUCUCAUUUAGCUUCUACAAAUGUUUCUAGGAACAUUAAGCCUUCAGGUCUUCGAAUGCCAUCACCAAAGAUUGGAUUUUUUGAUGCGGAGAAAACUGCACUGCACUCUCCGAUGGGAGGUUUGCAAGGAGUACGAAAUUGUUUGCCUAAAGAUGGACCUGGAAUCAGUUGCGUGAAUCGGAAUGCCAUUAAAACCAAACCUGGUAAAAUCCAAUCUGCAAGAACUGUGACAGGAACUGGGAAAGUGAAAUCUGAGUCUCUGCACACUGCAAUGCUGUCUCCUACAUCAAAUGUAAAGCCUAGUUUUGAAGAACUCUAUGAACAAGCAAAUGCUUCACCAAAGGUACCUGACUCAUCAAAGAAAGUAGAAGAUUUCCAUUCUAAACUCUCAGAGGUUCAUAGAUCUUCUAGAAGUGGUGCAGAUGAAUAUGGUACUGGUUCAGGUCCAAAUUCAGAAGUGAAUGGUGGUCUAGAUGCAUUGAAGAAUAGUAUAGUAGCAGAAAGUGAGAGGCAGGUCUCUUUAAGAGCUAUCAGGAUUGGUCCACCAAGAGAAGAUGAGCUUUGUGUUUCAAUUGGAAAAGAAAACUUUUUCAGGACUGAAGAUCAGGUUGAUAGUCUUAGCAGAACUGUGGGAUCUCUAGAUCUCAACACGGAUGUGCUGAAUGUGAUUAUGGAGAAGUCCUCUUGUUGUCAGUUUGAUGCCAAUAAUCCAGAUCAUAGUGUUUCAUAA